AUGAAAGCUUUAAGUGAUGAUUGUGAGAGAUUCAUAUCUUUUCCGCCAGGGCAUAUAUAUUCCAGCAAACAGGGAGGAUUAAGAAGAUGGUACAAUCCACCAUGGUUCACAGAGCAAAUUCCAUCAACACCCUAUGAUCCUCAGAUCCUACGUCAAGCCUUUGAAAAGAAUGGAAUCGGAGAAUGCAGAUUGAAGCAUAGAGGACCUGAUUGGAGUGGAUUGCAUUGCCAUGGAGAUUGUUAUCUUGCUCAUCAAAGGCUUGCUAUUGUUGACCCCACUUCAGGGGAUCAACCUCUUUAUAACGAGGACAAGACUGUUGUUGUCACAGUAAAUGGGGAGAUCUAUAACCAUAAGGAACUGAGACAGAAAUUGAGUUCCCACCAGUUUCGAACUGGAAGCGACUGUGAAGUCAUUGCUCAUCUUUACGAAGAGUAUGGAGAAGAAUUUAUUGAUAUGCUGGAUGGGAUGUUCUCCUUUGUGCUUCUUGACACAAGAGAUAAAAGCUUCAUUGCUGCUCGUGAUGCUAUAGGCAUUACCCCUCUUUACUUGGGAUGGGGGCUUGAUGGAUCGACAUGGUUUGCGUCUGAAAUGAAAGCUAUAAGUGAUGAUUGUGAGAGAUUCAUAUCUUUUCCGCCAGGGCAUAUAUAUUCCAGCAAACAGGGAGGAUUAAGAAGAUGGUACAAUCCACCAUGGUUCACAGAGCAAAUUCCAUCAACACCCUAUGAUCCUCAGAUCCUACGUCAAGCCUUUGAAAAGGCAGUGCUUAAGAGGUUGAUGACUGAUGUACCUUUUGGCGUUCUUUUGUCGGGAGGACUUGACUCAUCACUUGUCGCUGCUGUGACCAAUCGUUUUUUGGCUCAAUCUGCAGCUGCACAACAGUGGGGAUCGCAGUUGCAUACUUUCUGUAUUGGUUUAAAGGGCUCUCCAGAUUUGAAAUUUGCAAAAGAGGUAGCAGAUUAUCUUGGUACUCGACAUCAUGAACUUUAUUUCACAGUUCAGGAAGGUAUAGAUGCACUUGAAGAAGUCAUUUACCACAUUGAAACAUAUAAGUGUUAA